GAAUUUUUAAACAACAACAUCAAACUGUUGAUGUCAAAUUAUGACAAUUCCCAUCACAGAUUGCCGUCAUCAUAAUUGACGACUUCUUUUAUUGUGUGCUAAACUAAAAUUCUACAUUUCAUUCCUAACUAUUUAUUUAGAUUUAUUUAAACAUGUCUGGCCGUGAAGGAGGCAAGAAAAAACCACUGAAGGCACCAAAAAAGGAAGUGAGAGAACUCGACGACGACGAUAUUGCGCUAAAACAAAAAUUAAAGGAACAGCAAAAAGCUUUGCAGGAAGCGAAAGCGAAGGCUUCACAAAAGGGUCCACUCACUCAAGGCGGUAUAAAAAAAUCUGGCAAAAAGUGACAGAACUAAUAUCGCGGUAUUUUUGUUUAUAAGCUGUAAAUUUCUAUGUAAGAAUGUGAAUCUUUUGAAAUAAAAGGUCUUUGUUAUCUAAUUUCUAUUUGGCUGUAUGUAUAACAUAAUCUUGCAGAAAUAAAAACACAAAUGUCAGUCACGGGUAAACAGAUAUUCUGCCAAAAUAUUACCACUGCCUUAAUAAAGGCUUGUAUUCUCAGCGUUUUAUAUGCAUAGGUACUAUUAAAUUAUGCAUUGUUUACUAAAAUAAAUUCGUGAAUACACAA